AUGACUGAAAUUCCAUUAUCGGAAUCCUGUCAAAAUAGAGAUAGCAAAGUUCUUAAUUUGUAUUAUUUGAAUCAUAAACCGGCCAUGUUUAACUUUGAUACGGAGGUGUAUGGUCCAGAUGGUACUUUGCAUGUUAAAUACAAAAUCUCGGUGGAUUACAAUCCUAAAGUUAAAAUGUCAUACAUAAAGGAAGAAAUAUUAAAUAGAUUGUUGAAGGAUGGACAUAUAUUGUCUCCUAAUGAAUUGUUUUUCAUUAAACUAAGUGAUAAAAAGGGCAGAAAUGUAACUGAUGAUAUGCUUCUUAAUGAAGUUGUAGAUGUCAUGCAGGAGCAAAGGACAGCAACUCUUCCAUUGUUUAGGAUUGCAGUUAAUCCACAAUUUGAUGUGGUAUAUAGAGAUAGGGAUGGUCAUUAUGAUAAAUUUAGAGUAGAAAUGAACAAGACAAAUCCAACCAAGAGGGACUUUACAGAGGCCGUAGAUGAAAAACUUCAUGAAAAACAUAUACUUAGACCAGAAGAACAUAUUCGGACUGUAAAAGUUCAUCCAAUGAAUAAAAAGAAGAAAAUAAACUUUAAUGUGGACCUUAAUACUGAUGAAAAUGGUCAUUUCCCACCUGGAACUAGAGCUGAUCAAAUUACAGCAGAAACGGAUCUCAGAAUGGAAAUCCCGGUUGAAUUUGAAUACGACAACGGUAGAGUACUGCGAUUCACAGUAAACGCGGACUACGGAGCAUCAGAUGAAGAGAUCGAAAGAUUAGUUAGGAAAGCUCUAAAAAAGAAGGGAUAUAAAGGGCAUAUACCUGGUCUCCACUUCGACAUUAAGAACUCGAAGCAUAAUGAAAUGAGGGAGUUUUGGGAGGGAGGUCCUGAAGUAGAUAAAUUCGUACUUAAUACAGGACUUGCUAGAGAUGUAGAGGUAGAUGGGGACGUGCACGGUAUGGAGUUUACAACCCAUGUUAAAGUACAUCCUAGAGAAAGUAUGAAUGAACUGAGAACGGAGGUCCUUAAAAGUGUUAGACAUAACCCGAAGAUAAGAAGUUGGCUUGAAGAGGAUCCCAGAAGAAUGGAAGAAAUCUAUACUGUAGUCUCAGAUUCAGCAGGUAAAAUUUAUGAAGAUGAUGAACUGGGGACAAACGGAUUGUAUGAUAGAAGUUCCAGGAUAAGAAUAGGUGUUUCAGAUCAUCCUUUUGAAAUGAUUUGGAAGGAUCCAUUAACAGGACGAGAAUAUACUUUUUGUUUAUCUAAGGACAGUAACGGAAGGUGUAGACCAUUACCACCUAAAUUAGUAAAAUUUCCUAUUCAAGACUUUAUAGAUCAUUUGAUAAGUAUUUUAAAGAAAGAAGGUAAAUAUGAGGAACUUGUUAUAAAACCCUUAAAAACUGGAAAGUUAUACACACAAGGAGUACGACUUAAAGAAGUGCGUACGGUUGAUGGGCGUAGGCUUAAUUGUGACGAGCUUCCAACUAAUGCAAACUUCAGGCUUAUAGAAUCUGCACUUAACGUCCAUGUAUCAGAAAUAAGAUCAAUGGUUUUCAUUCUAAUGACGAGUGACGAGAGUGAUAAUUUGUCCGAACGUCAAAGAAACCAUGGGAGAUACAAAGUAGUAAUAAGUAAGGACUCUGGCGACAAAGAGUCGCAUCUUAUUAAUGCUGAUUAUUUAUCUCCGUCUGAAGUUAGGAACUUGAUUUAUAAAAAUUUCUCAUCGGUUCCAAGCUAUGAUGAUAUCGAAGACUUGAGGUUUUAUGAUGAUCAUGACCAUGAUGUAAACUUUGAGGAUUUCAUCAAGAGGAAGCCUAAGCAGGAUGAAACAAUGAAAAUUAGGUUCACAAUGAAAGAAGAUGGGUCAAGACCUCCUAUGCCUACUUUUGAAAAUGUUGUAAUUCAGCCUAAGCCUCGCGAAACCAUUAGGGAGUUUUUCCUCAGGGCCGUGGAAGAACCUAUAGAUUUUGGCCUUUCUCCAAUGCACUCCUACACUGUAAUUGGAUUUGACGAAAAUGAUAAACCUGUUCAUUUUGAUGAAAUUUUAGACGUACCAAUAAAGGACCUGAAGAAUGUAAAGAAGGUUAAAUUUGUAAAACAGGCAGCGGUGAGGCCUGAUGGUGAUAUUAAUAUUAAUUACGGUGAAGGUCCUCCAACAAAUACACCAAAUGAAGUUACUGUUGAAUUUGAUAAUAUGAAAGAACCUCAUCCUACCCUUAACUCCAAAAUUAGAAACUUUUUAAUUCAAGUUCCUCCUGAACAAAUGGGUCAUGUAAGAAUCGAAGUUGACGGUAAAGAGUUAAAGUGUUCUUUGGAGACACUUCGUGACGCUUAUAUGAUCAAAAAUUUAACGGUUGAAAAACUGUUUGCUCUUUGUCAAGGUGUUGACAGACAAAAGGACUUUUCUCAUGUUAAAAUGAACUUUAAAGCAUCACCUGAAGAAAUGAAGAAAAGUGAAGCCUUUAAUUUAUUAAAUGGACUCGGAUCACCAUCGGGUUCACCUAUCGCAAAAUUUACACUAUAUAAAGGACAAAUGGACUUGGGUUUGAGUACUCUUGUCAAGAUAAACGUAGGGACACUUAAUUCUCCCGUAGCUGAGUUCUAUUCAAAGAUUGUUCAAAUGUUUGGAGACUCAGUUGACGCUGUUAAUGACAUUUCUAUAUCACUCAUCAAGAACGGAAGAAUGUAUCCCUGUAAUAAUACAAAGAUCUUGAAAAAAUUAAAAGAUUUUGGAAAGGCUAAUUUGUCCAAAGUGUUCGAAAUUUGUAAUCUUCCAGCAGUUAUUCCCGAAAAUGGGUCUUACUUUCACUUUCAUGUAAGUAUAGAUUUGAGUGUUGGUCCAAAAACUGGAUAUGACUCGUCAAUGGGAAGCACAAUCCCAAUGGAUAUAUAUUAUGACGAAGAAGAUCGCAUGACUAAUGUUCAUUAUGAUGAAAAUCUUUACCCAGAUAUCGCAAAAUAUAUCGAUGAUAAUGAGGAUAUUGACUCAUCUCAACCUAGUAAAUACAAAAUUACAAUAAAGGGGGAGGAGCCCUCUCAUAACUUUGUAACAAAAACCUAUACCAUGGAAGAUAUGCCUCAUAACAUAACCCUUAAUACAUUGUUUCCUGAUACUAAAGUUGAUAAUCUUAAUAUCACAAUUGAGUCAAAAGAUGGCCAUAAUUCAGGAGGUUGGAGAUCCGAAACAGUCCACCCAGUGAAUGACUUUAAAACAAAUUUUGAUGCGCUUAAGAGGCAAAUCAUCCUUAAUCUGAAGACUAUGCACGGAAAUAAUCUGGAUGCAGUUAACAGCUAUGUCGUUAAGGUUGGGAUAAAUGGUGUUAAGCACCAAUGCCGUGUCGAGAGUCUGGCUAAGCUCGUUAAAAUGUCAUUGAAUGAGUUCUUAAAGAACUGUGUUAACAUUGAAAACGUUAACAAUAAUCCAACAAUGUCAUUUGGAGUUAACUAUGAACCCUCAAUUCAUGGGGAUUUGUCGUUUAACGUAAAAGUUGUUUGUGGAGACAAAGCUGUAUUUUCAGCCCAAGGUCUUCGACCAAAAGAUGGUAUUCCUGGAGAAAUGAUUGAAAAACUUAAAUCUAAAUACGGUAAAUAUCUUGACAGUGUACAGUGGGGAGUAUACAUCAAUAAAGUUCAGGGUGAUUGUCGUUUUAUUGCGUUGUUGGACAUCGUUGAUAUGAGGUCUGUUCUGAACAUCUGUGGAGUUGAAGAUGGGAGUCUGAGGGUUUAUAAUUUAGUAUUUUACGACAUGAAUUAUGAGACUUUCAAAAUAUACAAUAGAAGUUACAGCGCGCCUCAAAAAGGAAGUGCUGCUGAAUUUCCGGACGUAACAAAAGUUACACAGAGUGUUAAUGAAUUAAAAUCCCCAGUUAGAAUUAGCAUGCCUUAUAGUUAUACUGGCCCCGAUAUCAAAGUUAAUGGAGCCGAGACUCUAAACGACUUUCUCAGGGAAAUAGUAAACAAUGAAGACGAAUUUAAUCCUGGAAACCCAUUUAAGGUGAAUGUACACACUAAUUAUGGUGUAUUUGGAAUUGAUGAACUUCCAAAAGGAGUCUCUAAUCAUCCAUCUAGAGAUUUGGGUGGAACCUACUCUUUCAUUAUUGAAGAUGACCCUGAAGGUAACGGACCUGGAACUGCACUAAAUUUACACUUCCCUGAUACACAACAAACUCUGGGUGACUUUUUAGAAGAUCUACGAAACAACCCAUCAAACUCCAACAAAAAGUUCUAUUUCUCUAGUAAGAGUACAUUCCUACCCUCUUACAAAGUGCCAGAGGAACUGUUACAUCACCCAAUAGAUGAACUAAAAAAGAAAGGGUUUUUCAUCACAGUUGUUAACGAUUCAAAAACCCCUGAAAAGGUUCGUAAACUCUCAGUGAAUAUCCUUUCUAAAGAUGGUGUCUCAGCUAGUGAUCAAAUUAGUAAUUUGCAACAGCCUUUGACAAAUUUGUUUGCAAAGAUUUCAAAGAAUCAGGGUGACUUGGACAAAAUUCUGGUUGGAAAGUUCAAGGUAAUUGUUGAUGGAUUUGAAAGGGAUUGUAAACUCGAGAAUUUGGGAACGUCUCAGAACGGAAUGACUUUGGAAAGUCUUCUGGAGGUUUGUGGAGUUAGCGAUUUGGACCACGUCCAUGUUUUGACUUUAUUCUUUGAAACACCUAUAUCGCAAGAAAAAAAUCACGAAAAUCUUAAAUUUGAUGUUGAUUUAAACGACAAACCCCAGGCAUCGAAGAACGUUGACUAUGGCUCAACAUUCACGGUCGGAAAAGAUGUUGAGGACUUUUUGAAAAGCAAAAAGGAUGCGCAUGUUUAUUUGGAUGCCAAGGGCAAAGAUAACUUCAAGGAUUUUGUGGAAAUCGACAGUAUUAAAUUCCUACAGCUUUUGAAUGGUCAUCCUGAAGUUGUGGAUAUGCUCCUGAGGUUGGGAAUCCCUCAAACUCACCUUGGUAGUUUAGAUGCUCUUCAUCUUAUAGUCUCAAACCUAACUCAGUCAUUAAAAGGUCACCAGACCUAUAAUAUUGAUAUGGGAGAAGAUGCUCCAUAUGAAAUCAACAAGCCUGUUUCGGCUUACAAAGAUUUGGUUAACCUUAGAAACAGGCUAGAUGAAAAUCCUUUGUUAAGAAUUAAGGGUAUUUUCACUCUUGCCGACGGAAGUAAGCAGGAGUUUGACAUUCGUGGGAGGGAGUUCAUGCAUGCUGUUGACGGAAAUCUUACGUUCAGAGAUGUUGCUUUAAGGGCCCUGAGUUCUGAGGAUGCAAAUAACGUUAUUCAUGUAAAUUUCAGUUCAUAUGAAUCAGAUGAGGAAAACUCUUACCCACUCGCAAGUAGAAGGAAGAUUUUCAAAAAAACCAAGAAUUCUCCUAGCCCUGCCAAGUUGGGAGUUCUUCCUCCUGGUAUCCGACAAUCGAGUUUAAGUUCAGGAUCUGAAUCGGAAUCCUUGAAAAGGUCCAGAGAAUCCGUCAACUCUGAAAACGCAGCUCCAUAUCCACCAAAAACACCAACAAACCCUGUUGGUACAUCUUCGGAGGGUGAAAUUAAGCCACACAAACAAUCUGAGUUAGGUAAUGAGACAACCAGGUCUAAUGGAAGUGUUGGUUUAGGUAAAUCGCAAGUAGGAUCGGGUAAUGAAUCAACUAUAUCGAAUGCAAGUAUGAAGGGAAAAUCUGAAUCUGAGACAGGUAAUGAAUCAAAUAGGUCUAAUGUAACUGUUAGUGGAAAAAAAUCGCUAGUAGGAUCGGGUAAUGAAUCAACUAUAUCGAAUGCAAAUAUGAAGGGAAAAUCUGAAUCUGAGACAGGUAAUGAAUCAAAUAGGUCUAAUGUAACUGUUAGUGGAAAAAAAUCGCUAGUAGGAUCGGGUAAUGAAUCAACUAUAUCGAAUGCAAAUAUGAAGGGAAAAUCUGAAUCUGAGACAGGUAAUGAAUCAAAUAGGUCUAAUGAAAGUGUUGGCUCAGAGAAAGGAGGGAAUAAAGGUUUAACGAGCGAUGAAUCAAUGAGUUCAGUUGAUUUGUUCAAUAGAGUAAUAAGAAAUCCUGAAAAAAAAGUAUUGGUAAAGGUGAAAACAAGAACAGGCCGUUCGUAUGAUAUUAUUGUGAAGGGAACAAUUAUAAGAAAGGGAAUACAAAGCGGAGACAAUAUGAAGAAGUUGCUCCAGAAAUACCUAAUGAGUGAGGAUUUGGACGAAGUUAAUGAAAUUAUAAUCUCUGAAAAGGUUGGAUCAACUUUCACAGUGCCACUGAAGAAGCAUGUUAAUAUCACUUUGCCAGUUAUGGCAUCUGAUGAACCUUUAGAUGGUGAUAUUCAAGACUUCAAGAACCCUUGGAAUCCACCUGAGAACGACUGGAAGAAUUUCACGGUCAAGUCUGCAUUGGAGGGCUAUGCAAAUGCGAAUAAAAUUACCAAAAAACCAAAAGCGGUGUAUCUUCUGAACAAGGAAGACCACAACAACUUAUCGGCUGAGAUAAUAUUCGAUGAGGAAAAUCCAGAAGAUGAUAAAAAACUUGAUCGCAAAGUUGGAGAUGCCAUAAGCAAGGGAAGAACAUUCUUUAUUAGGUACAAAGAUACGGGUGAACUAGCAGAUUAAAAACUUAUAUCUAGG